AUGAUUCCGCUGCUCCGUCCAUCCGACCUGUGCGCCUCGCCCGCCCAACCCUGUCCAUCGCUCGCUGUCAUCGGAUCAGUCCCCUCCUCCAGUCAUCACUUCUUCUCGACCAAUACAUCAACAACAACUACUACGUAUAACAAUAAUUAUAACAACAACAAUAUAUACUUGGCACGACGAAUGUCUCCCGCACUCUCAUCUUCAACAAACACAAUGUCGCCGCUACUGCAGUCUACGGCCGACUCAUCACCAUCAACUUCACGCCCAGUAUCACCCAUGCCAUAUUCACAACAACAACAACAGCAGCAGCAGCAGAUGACCAACAACACUCAAGAGGUGAUUGCACUGAUUGACGAAAUGCGCCAACUCGAUGUCUGGGUCAGCCAGAUUGACGAAUGUUCAGAGAAUGCGCGCUCAUUAGUAUGGCGCCAAUUGACUGCCAACAGCAUAAAGAAUGCCUACCCGAUGGGCGGCGCGACAAUGAUCAUCGAGGUCUACGACAGUUUGGCCAAGUGCACAAGCAAGUUCCGUCCAUACUUCAACUCGUUGGUGCGUCAGACCAACAGCGACAUCCACGCCAUCAAGAUGUUGCAUCUCGCCUUUGUCGAGGCCAGUCAAGGAGGAAGCGAGAUCUUCCAACAGAUAUCCCCUCAGCUCAAGGCCGAGGCAUCCGACGCAACCAACCCAUACAUGGUGUCCAACAACAUGUUCCACUCGUCUAAUAUAUGGGGCCACAACUUGCCAUCUGUGUUGCAACAGUUGCUGUGUCUGACUGCGUGGGCACCCCAGCUCGAUGCUCUGCCAACGGCCAUGCGCAAGGCCAUCUGGGACAACUGUAACUCGUUCGCGCCAUUCAAGUCAUCGACCGAGGGCACCAAACUCAACAACUUCACCAAGGUCAUCAAAGGAUGGACCAACAACCCCGUCAACAACAUGCUUCCCAUCACCACUUUAUUCGCCUCAAUUGGAUACCUCAGCGAGCAAAGAGUACUCAAUAAUGUUCAAUUCCUUUAUCCACAAUCAGACUACUCGAUGUUCAACACAUCGGGCAUUGCUCAAUCACAAUCACAAUCGGAGGAUGGUGAGGACUUGGAGCAAGAGAGCUAUACAUCACCAGCCCAACCAACCAAGAGAGUGAAGCGUUCACACUCGAGGAGCGAGGUGGGCGAGCGCGUUCCAUCGAUGUCCCCACUUCCAACGCCAUACGUCUCCACCACCCCGCUCUGUGUGACACCAGGCUCCUCGUACGAGGACAGCAGCGACAACGAGUCCAUCACCGAGUCAUUCAACCAUAAUCAAUCAAAGAAGCAGCAGCAACAGCCACAACACAUUCCAGCACUCGACUCAAUCAGCUCGAUGAUUGAGCGUGCGAUGACCUCUGGCAAGACAUCGCCCACUACCACCAAUCAAUCAAACAUGUACAUACCAACCAGACGUGUAUCGACAGAUUAUGACCACGUCCCAAUGACCAAGCACAUUGCCAAUGUCCAGCAGCAUGAUGCCACUCUGUCCGUGCCAGUAGUAGUUGCAACCAAGUCCAACGGCGCUGGAUGUGCAUCCCUUGACGUACUGGCCCUCACAGCAUUCCAAUUUGAGCAUUUGGACGAGUCCAACAACACCAACCUCAACAACAACAACCCAUCUAUCGUCAUUACCAACCCAUCAACAUCCUCCGGUGCCAAGCAACAACAAGAUGGUGCUGCCAUGAACAUCAAGAAUAUCCUGUGUUCCUAA